AUGUUUAUCGGGUCGAUGGUGUCGGUGGACAUCAGCGAGGUCGUCAUUCGUCAAAUGCUGCAGAAAUACGGCCCGCUCGGCAUGACCUUCACCCGCAUGGACUUGAUGAAGCUCGAGUUCCCGGACAAGAACUUCACGUGCGUGCUCGACAAGGGCACGCUGGACGCCGUCUUCACCCAGGACGACGAGCACACGGCGCGCAUGGUGGACACCAUGUUCACGGUGCGUCAUCGCCGUUGCUGUGAUGGCUCCGCGAGGAUCGGGCCGGGUGCUAAAGGUUGGCGGAGGUACGUCUGCGUGUCGCUGCUGCAGGGCCACAUUCUCAAGAAGCUGCUGGAGUGGUUCCCACAGCAGGGCUGGAUGGUUCGCAUUUGCAGGUGUAAGGGUGCUGAGAACUCCGACUCCGGUGGGAUACCUUUCCCUGUCUUUAUUGUGGUGUGCACAAAGUUUGAACUCCUGCCGGACCGGAAGCCCAUGAGCGUGCUGGAGGUGAGCCUGCAGGACGAGCGGCCGCGUCGGCUGCCCUCGGCCGACGCCGUGCGGCAGGCGGUCACCGGGCUGCAGCAGUUCGCCUUCACGCGCCACGGUCUGGCUGCUCCUGGCAGCGGUGAGGACGUGCGGCUGGAGCUGUGCGAUGCCGAUAGCGACGAGGCCAGGUUCACGCUUUUCGUCGUCGACCGCUGGCGCAAGAAGACGAAGAAGGCGGAGACGGAGUGGCUGUUCGGCACGCCGGCCGGCCGCCGUCAGCUGGCGGAGACGGCUGGUCAUGACCGGCUGGUGGUGGUUCACCUGCCGGACCGGCGGCGGCGCUACGGCGCCCUGCAGGAGGUGCAGGAGCAGCUGUCGGGCAGCGUGCUCCAGCUGCGGCCGGCGCACCUCCGGGACGAUGUCCAGGUGCCGUUCCUGACCUGUGCCGGUGACCUGGGGCGGCGGGAGCUGCGUCACCGCGGCACUAGCGCCGUCUCCGGCGACUACGUGGUGGAGGACGUGCACCUCGAGCAUGGCGACGUCUUCCGCCGACUCGUCUUCCUCUCGAACGUCAACAUCGUUCAGUCGGAGGCCAAACUCAAACCAGUGGCGGCGAAGGGCGGCCAGCGCUCGUUAGCGGUGGACGCGGAGCACCUCUCGUGCUUGCACCAUCGGUACAUGGCGGCCGGCCUGGGCCUGGCCGCCCUCGACGUGGUGGACAUCGACCCGGAGAUGGUGGCCGUAGCGCGCGACUGGUUCGACUUCGCCGAGGACCGGCGGCUAACCGUGCACGUGGCCGACGGCGUCCACUUCAUGCGGGACUGCAAAACGCAGGCGGCGUGCCGCGGUCUCAUCAUGGUCUCAGUCGGUCGGUAG